UUGUCAUUCUUUACUGAAGUCGUGAUAUACAUUCUUUUUUUUUUCAAUACUUCAAUACACUCAUUUCCUAGCAACUUUUGCAUUUCCUUAUAUCGAAGUGAAAGUGACAGAGCUAGCCUCACUUAUUCAAGCGCGCAAUUCUUUGGCCCUUCAUAUCACUUCAUAUCAACCGGUUUCAAACAAGCUCAGAGAAAUCCAAGAUGCGUCUCACAUCGAGAGAAGCGACAGUUUUGUUACUGGUUGCUCUCCCUAACUUGGUAUAAUUAAAUAUUUUCCCUUUCCUCCAAAUAUAACUUCUUUCCCCGACUCUUCCACACAUAUCUCGCACUCCGAGAGAUGAACUAACGCACUACAACCAAUAGAUAUUCGCACUUCCCGUCAACACGGGUGCGGACCUCGAACACCUAAUCCCUCUAACAUCAACCUCGGGGGUCGAUAAAAGAGCCACUGGAGAAUUAGAAAGACUGGUUCCUAUCACACAGGUGAAGAGAGAUUUGGAGAAAUUAGUUCCUUUCCCGCCGUCAAAUUCGAAGAGAGAUUUAGAGCGGUUCGUUCCUUUUGCUUCGGGAUCUUUGGAUUGGGGUAGGAGAUCAGUGGGGGAUGUGGAAGUGUUAGUUCCUGUUACGUCUAGAGAUUUGGAGAGAUUGGUUCCGGUUACUUCGUUGGCUAGUGAUACGGCGGAUUUGGAAGAGAGAAAAACUAUUCCUCCUGCUGAUCAAUUGGAUCCUGGGUCUGUGGCUCCGGACAUGAUAUCAGUUGUUGAGAAGAGAGACGCUAUUCCUCCCGCCGAUCAAUUUGAUCCUGGAUCCGUAUUCCCAGAUAACGUAAGUCUCUUCCUCAUAUUUACUUCAAAUCCCAAUCUCCUCACUAACAACCCAAGCUUGAAAAUAACAACAACAAGAGACAAGAAUACGCCCAUACCAAAACCGUCAUCGAAACCGUCAUUGAAACCGUCACGGGAGGCAUAGCUAUUCCAGGUUAUCCAGCAACAGCACUUAGUCAAACAAGCAGUGUACAUUCUUCCACCAUCACACGUCUCCCAUCUACCGUUACCGCCGCCACAACAGCAGGUGUUUCGUCGCUUGUCGAUACUACUUGUACCGAUAGUAGGACUUCUUCUGGGACGAGGAGCCCAAGUACUAGUAUAUCAUCAUCCAUUGCAAAUCUAUCCUCGAGCGCCAAAACUGGAGUUUCGACUUCGUAUGACGGAACUCGCACAACGAAAGAAAGUAGUAGAAUAAGCGCUACUAUUACAUCUUCGAACUUCUCUGCUUCACUGUCUGGUACUGGUGAUAUUACAACAAUUAUCCAGUCAAGCACUGCUAAAAUAUACACUACGGUUAAUGCUAGUAGCGAAAGCGAAAGCGGGAGCGGAAGUGGAACAGUAAAAACUUCUUCGAGUACGAGUACCAAGGCUGGGAAUCCUACAACUACAGAUGUUAAAAGUAGUGGUGGUGUGAAGAAUAUAUCUGCUCCUGCUCCUGCUCCUACUUCUACUUCUACUUCUGCUUCUAUUGUUAGUACACAUAGUUCCGCUACGACUGGAACAGUUGAAGGUAAAAGUACGAGCUCGGUUAAAAAAACAAGUACACUUGCUACUUCUACGAAGGUAUCAAGUACGACGGCUGCGGAACCGGCUAUGACGAGUAAGAUUGUUUAUACGGGGGAACAGAAGGUGUAUCCUUUUACUGUCUAGGUGGAAUUUUGAUGAGUGAUUGGUGUGGUGGUGUGAUGGUGAAUGGUGGUCUGGUUAGUGUGGAGAGGGAAAGGGCUGGAGGAUGUCAUGGGAGAAGGGGUUGUAUUAGCGAGUGGAAGUUUUUUGUUCACUUAGAUUUUUGGUGUUCUUUUGUGUGUGUAUGUAUUGAUAUCCAAACUUUUUUCUAUAAUACUGUGUUAUAAACUAAAUGACUGAGAAGUAACAGCUUGGGCGAACGCAGCUAAAUUGGCUCAGCCGCUUGAGAUAACUCUUGCUGGACACUUUGAUUUGAACCUUAACCUAUCGCUUCUAUAG